AAAGACUGCAGCCGAACCGCCUCUCCCUCUCUCCCUCUCCCUCUCAGAAGAGAGAAGAAAGGAAAGGAGGAAUCCCUAACUCCCUUCCGUUCGGUCGUAAUUCUGAGAGAGAAGAAUAAAGCUGAUUCCGGAGGUCAAAUAUGUAUUCGUCGAAUCCGGUAAUGCCUACAGUCUCCACAGCAAAUGCAUCAGUACCUAGACUCACCACUCUUCCAUGUAAAAGUCUAUCAGGUCUAAAGGAAGAUGCUAGGCAGGGGAAUUUGCAGAUCCUUGGUUCUGGAUUGGCUUUACCCAUCAGGCCGCCUUUAAGAGUUCAAUAUAAAGUGGCCAUUCCACUUAUCCACAAGGCUUCAUCUCGUAACGUGAGAUGCAGUGCUGCUUUGAAUGCUAGAUGUGCAACUGAGCAGCAGACUAUUCAACAGCAAUCGGCGGUAAUUACUAAUGCUCCUGUUCAAGGUAAAGAAAAGUCGCCUGAACUUGAUGAUGGUGGGACUGGAUUUCCGCCACGAGAUGAUGACGAUGGUGGAGGUGGUGGUGGUGGUGGGGGUGGUGGAUGGACUGGUGGUUUCUUUUUCUUUGGGUUCCUUGCGUUUCUAGGACUUUUGAAAGAUCAAGAAAGCGAGGGGCCUUACAGCAAGGAUAGACGGAGAUAAGGAUUGAUUAAUGGAAAUCAGCUGCUGUUGGUUAAAAGCGUUUGGCUCUGCAGAUGGCUCUUCGUCGCAAAUGUUGUCAUCCGUCGGCGGUCUGUGGUUCAUUUAGUUGUGGAAAGUGCUUAGGGAAAUGCAGAUUCAUCUUGCAGUUUCAUAAUCGAAUCCAAGUUGAUAUUUGGCGGGGAGUAGAUAAAGAUCCGAGCCGGUUGCAUAUAAUUGUUGGAUCUCAAUCAAUCAUUUGAAGUGCUAGAGCCAGAGUGUACCGUGAAUGAUUAAUAGACUACGUACUAUGUUCAGUAGGAACCAUAUCAUUGGAACUUCUUCCUUUUGAGAAAAGUGAGGAAAUUAUUCUUUUCCGA